GACGCCCUCGGCACAAGCACUGAGGACAACCUGGCUCAGAUUCGUAGCUUUGUGAGGAAGCAGGUGCGAUGCGCUUAUUUGGCCGAAGUCAGCGUGGGCCUGCUGAGAUAUCGGCUUCGUUCAAAGAGCGAUGAGGAGCUGCCAUUGGCAGAUGUCUUUCGCAGCUUUGAAGAGGCCUCGAAAGGUCGACUUGAAGGUUGCAUUUCAGACUACUCCAUUUCACAGACGUCCCUUGAAGAGGUUUUCCUCCACUUUUCGCGAGAAGCCGGUGUGGUGGAGGAUCCAGAGAUAGCUCUUGAGGAUGUUGAAGACACCUCUCCUCCAAACAAGGAGACGCCAGUCUAUGCUUCAGAUCUGUUCGGCGGGCCUGGGUGCGAUGAGGAGCCUGCUGUAAAGGAAAGAGAUGAGGAGGAGCCACAAGUGUAUGCUUCAGAUCUUCUGGAUGAUCCCGCGUUGGCUGAG